AUGGCUGAAACCAGGGUAGAUAGCCAAUUGGCCGAACCUUCUGUUGUUGUGGCCAAAGCCAAGUUCAGUUUUGAGGGCAAAAACAAUGAUGAGCUGUCUUUCUCGAAGAAUGACAUGAUAACAGUAACACAGCAGAUCGAAGGAGGUUGGUGGGAAGGGACAAUCAAUGGUAAAACAGGAUGGUUUCCAGCCAAUUACGCUACUAUUAUAACUGAAAAAGGUGUCUGCAUUUCUUAUUUUUGGAUUGGAAUUGCAUCACAUGUUUAUACUACUCUAGACAAGUUAAUGCGAUCGAAAUCUGUGCCAAAUGCGAGUGCCUUAGCGAAUGGUAUCAACGCUUCGAAUGGAAUAGCAGUGAGUGGUGAUGUGGUUAAUUCCAAUGCAUCUCGAUCUCAGUUUCGUGCGGAAAUAAUGCGUGAUUUCAUUCGAUCUGAAGAGGCCUAUGUAGCCAGCGUACAGAGAACAUACGAAGACCUUCUACUACCUAUUAGAGCGGCUGGCAUUCUUUCACCUGAGGAUUACUCUGUUUUAUCGUGCUACAUUGAGGAUAUAGCUGCUCUUCAAAGGCUUACGCUCUAUCGUCUAAAGGAUGCUCUAAGUCUGGACGUUACGCAACAAAGGAUUGGCGGUAUAUUGAUCUCAUGCGCCGCGGAACUCAGACGCUUACUAGUCGCCUAUUGUGAAAAUCAUCCGAAAGCGGUGGGAGUGAUGAACGAGAAGAUGGAUGCUGUGAGGAGUGUAUUACUCGAACAUGGUAGGCAUGUUCCAAGCUUAAUUGCUGGUCUCAGUGAACCAUUCCGACAUCUUGAUAAGUAUCCAACAGUGCUACAAGAACUUGAACGCAAUAUGCCUGAAGGCCAUGUCGAUCGUGGGGACGUCCAGCGUUCAUGUGCUGUAUUCAAAGAGAUGAAGGUGUUAUGUGAGGCUGUGCGAAAGCAGAAGGAGUUGCAACUUGAGCUUCUGUACACUGGAUUAGUAGAGGGCUGGGCUUCUUUUGAGCAAAGAGGCCGUAUUCUCUACGUUGGUGUGGUCCCACUUACAUGUGAUGGUGUUUGUGAUGACAGAUGCCUUGCGUUGUUCUCGAAAAUGCUCAUGAUUCUUGAAAUAACGUUGGACAUAAACUCAUACAGAUUACUGCGAAAGGUUUCUACUCAUAAUCUAAAAGUUCGUUGUUUGGAGAACAGGGCAGGUCUUGUUGUUGGAGAUAUGGAGCUCUCCAUUUCAUCUGCUUUCGACUUAGAACGAUGGCUUGAAGCAUUUGCGAAAAGUGAAGGCGUUGUUAUUGAAGACUGUUCAACCUUGGCACCCCCUGCCAUGCCACAGUCAUUUGCAGUCAGUAAUAUGCAUACAUUAUCUCCGUCACGUAAAGCGGAUAUCUCAGAGUUGCCUAUGGCUGAGCGAGCUGUUAUAGGACGAAAAGCAUCUAUUGGCAACAAUGACCUCCGAUUAAAUCACGAGUUGGAAAUGAUUUUGCCUGACGAUGCUGAUGAACCAGGACUCACUGCUACUAAUCGACGGUCCUUUGGUGAUGCCAGUAAGAAGAUGUGUUUCCGUGUUCUACCUCCUCAUCGCCAUAUAUUGGCAGGUCCAUCAUCCUCGAAGAAAAACGUAAAAAUGAGAAAAGAAGUGAAUGUUGACGAGCAACAUGAUGCACAGCUGUUGCGCAUCAUCGAGGCAUAUUGUAGUGGUGCUGCGAGAGCUGGUCCUGUAAUCACAGACUGUCGACCUCCGCAGUUGAUAGUAGCUGAGGACGAAAAGAUUCUUGUUGAAGAAGUUGUUGGAGACGAGAUCAUCAUUCAGGAGAAGAGCUUGGUGGAUACGGUGUAUGCGUUGAAGGACCAGGUGGCCAGUCUCCGCCAGGAGUUCGCGUCUAUUAAUCGCGCUCUUGAUCGAGAACAGCGAGCUCGUCGACGUUUGGAAGAGCUUGUGCGCCGCGGGAGCAUGAACGCAGCAUCGCCGGUGUCCACUCCUAGACCUACCGUGGAGAUGAGUAUAUCCCAGUAG